UCGUCUACUUACAUUGGUGAAUUUGCCCAAGUCACAAAUUGGUCUAGCUGCUGCUUGCGUGUCUUUGCAUGGCACCCUCACACCAACAAGUUUCCAGUGGCCCUACUAGAUGAUUCAGUCCGUGUGUAUAAUGCCAGCAGCACCAUAGUCCCCUCCCUGAAGCACCGGCUGCAACAAAAUGUGGCAGCUCUGGCCUGGAAGCCCCUCAGUGCCUCUGUCUUGGCUCUGGUCUGCCAGAGCUGCAUUCUCAUCUGGACCCUGGACCCUACCUCCUUGUCUACCCGACCCUCUUCUGGCUGUGCCCAAGUGCUGUCUCACCCUGGGCACACACCUGUCACCAGCUUGGCCUGGGCCCCCAGUCGGGGGCGGCUGCUCUCAGCUUCACCCGUAGAUGCUGCUAUCCAGGUAUGGGAUGUCUCAACAGAGACCUGUGUUCCCCUUCCCUGGUUUAGAGGAGGUGGGGUGACUAACCUGCUCUGGUCCCCAGAUGGCAGCAAAGUCCUGGCUACCACUCCUUCAGCUGUCUUUCGAGUCUGGCUGGCCCAGAUGUGGACUUGCGAGAGGUCGCCUACUCUAUCAGGGCGCUGUCAGACUGGCUGCUGGAGCCCAGAUGGCAACCGAUUGCUGUUCACUGUGUUGGGAGAGCCACUGAUUUACUCCCUGUCUUUUCCAGAACGUUGUGGUGAGGGAAAGGCCCGUGUUGGAGGUGCGAAGUCAGCAACAAUUGUGGCAAAUCUCUCCAAGACAACAAUCCAGACACCAGAUGGUGAGGAGAGGCUUGGGGAAGAGGCUCACUCCAUGGUCUGGGACCCCAGUGGGGAGCGUUUGGCUGUGCUCAUGAAAGGAAGCCCAAGGGUACAGGGUGGUAAACCAGUCAUCCUCCUCUUAUGUACUCGAAACAGCCCUGUGUUUGAGCUCCUUCCCUGUGGCGUUAUCCAGCGGGAGCCAGGAGCCCAGCCCCAGCUCAUCGCUUUCCAUCCUUCCUUCAACAAAGGGGCCCUGCUCAGUGUGGGCUGGUCCACAGGCCAAAUUGCCCACAUCCCACUGUACUUCGUCAAUGCCCAGUUUCCAUGUUUCAGCCCAGUGCUUGGCUGGGCCCAAGAACCCCCUGCUGGGGGUGGAGGCUCUAUUCGUGACCUGCCCCUCUUUACUGAGACAGCCCCAACCUCUGCUCCUUGGGAUCCUCUCCCAGGGCCACUACCUGUUCUGCCCCACUCCCCACAUUCCCACCUCUAAUAAAAGCUUUCCUUUUGUUUU